AGAUCAAAAUGAAUCAACAUGCCUCUUAUCAAAACCUAUCUAAGCACAGGUAUACAACCAACAUUAGGAGUUGUGAAUUCUGGGCAAAGUGGCCGCAAUGCGUAUGCCAACAAUGGAGGAUAUAUUUUUUCGCGUAACCUCCCCACAUCGCAACAACCUGAUACAGAUGAAGACGAUAUGAUGUCGAAACUGUCUCAGGGUAGCGAUAGCGUUCCAAUGUUACCAAAGGCCAACAUUUUGACCACCGACUGUGUUGAAACACUUAAAUCCAUUGUUAGGAAGAAACUGAGAAGCAUUGUUUUGAAGGCAGACCUGAACGAAUGUCUUCUCUCGAUCUCACCAGAACGAUCAUUCAACCCUGACAUAGACCAGACAGAUGAGGAAGGAUGCACUUCCCUCUACAAAGCGGCUUCAAACGGUCAUUUGAUGAGGGUUAAAUUUCUCGUUGCAAACGGCGCAAACCCGAAUCAAGCAAAUAAAGAUGGACGCAGGGCUCUCCAUGGAGCUGCUGAAGAAGGACAUGAGGAUAUCGUAAAACUCCUCGUGAAGCAGGGAGCAGAUGUGGAUGCCGAAUGUGGUCUGGGUCAGACAGCUCUUCAUGCUGCUGUGCACAACAAUCAAUAUCUCUCUGCAUUGUUUCUUAGUUUGAACGGAGCAGAUAUUUACAAACGGGAUAUUCGUGGAAGAACCCCUUUACACAUGGCAGCUGCAGCUGGGAACAUUCACAUCUUUAAAAUCCUAGUACAUGAGACAUGGGACAUAAAUGUAGAAGAUGACAUGGGUCUAACAGUUCUUCAUCAUGCAGUGAGAAAUGGCCAUUCCAAUAUUGUCAACUAUCUCCUCGAGAAAGGGGCUGAGGAGACUCCUUAUGGAGGAGAUAGUCUCCUCUUUGCGUCAGCAUCGUUUGGCAGCCUAGAUCUGGUCAAGCUUUUUAUUUCCAGAGGCGGCAAAGUGAACGAGGAAAACAGCAUCGGACAAAAUCCUCUCCACGUAGCAGCUUUGAAGGGAUACCUUGACAUUGCCAAAUGUCUCGUCGAAGAAGGAUGUGACAUAAAUAAGGAAGAUCACGAAGAUUUCACACCAGUCCACGGGGCAGUUUUAAAUGGUCAUUUGGAUGUACUUGAUUAUCUCGUAACGCAGCAAGCCAAAAUCACCAAGUAUGAUGGAAAAGGUGUUCUGCACUUGGCAGCUAUCCAUGGUCACCUAAACAUACUCCGAUAUUUCAUCAAGAUGGGAGCUGAUGCCAGUGAGCUCGACGUCAGUGGACAAACUCCUCUCCACGUGGCAGCCCGCGGGGGUCACUUGGGCGUCGUGAAGUAUCUCAUUGAACAAGGAUCGAAAAUUGGCAAACAAGAUCAUCGUGGUUACGCCCCUCUCCACAUUGCAGCUGCAAAAGGUCGACUUGAAACCGUCAAAUAUCUUGCAGAUAAAAACUGCCACAAGAAAGAAUUCGACAACACAGGUUCUACACCAUUAGCUUUGGCAGCUAUACAUGGCCAUUUGGAUACCGUCAAGUAUCUUGCGGAUGGGAGAUUUGAUGAAACGGCCUCACUCUAUGGAGCAGUAGCAUCUGGUCAUUUGGAUAUCGUCAGGUUCUUCAUGAAUCGCAUUUCACUUCAUUUGGCAGCUUCCCAUGAUGACUUAGACAACGUGCGCUAUCUCGUGCAUCAAGGGUUUGAUAUAAAUGGGUGCGAUGAGAAAGGCUGGACCCCGUUGGAGUAUGCAAUUAAGAAUAGCAAUUGUGAGGUCAUAGACUAUCUGCUUGCGAAUGGAGCUAAAGCGAACCAAUGUAAGGAAGAGAGUUUACUGUACAUGGCAUCUCGACUUGGCCACUUGGAUGCAGUAAACGUUCUGAUUUCAAGAGGAAUUUCAGUAAAUGCGGAGAGUCACAGAGGGCAGAUUCCUCUUCACGCUGCUGCUGCCACUGGCAGAAUCCAAGUCGUUGAAACUCUCAUCGAGAACGGAUCGGAUUUGAACAAGACUGACAUUGACGGAUGGACGCCACUUCACGCAGCGGUCCAAAAUGGCCACCUGGAAGUCGUUAGGUAUCUCAUGUGGAAAGGGGCGAUAGACAUCAAAUGUAGAGGAAUGACUUCUCUUCACAUUGCAGCUCAAAGUGGUCACUUUGAUAUCGUCAAACACCUUAAUCACGGAGUGGCUAAUGUGAAUGAUGAAGACAAUUUGGGUCGGAUUCCUCUCCAUAGUGCAGCUAUGAAAGGUGAUAUCGAACUUGUCCACUAUCUAGUUGAGCAAGGGUCAGAUGUGAACAAGGGCGACUCCGAUGGAUGGACCCCGAUGCAUGAAGCACUUCAAAGCGGGAACUUGUUUAUCGUGCAGUAUUUGUUGGAGAAGGGCGCCAAGCUAACCAAGUUUAGAGGAAGGACACCACUAUCCAUCGCAUCAUCUGCAGGUCACUUGGAUAUAGUCGAUCUUCUCCUUUGCAAUGACGCUGAUGUGAAUGAGGAUAAUGGCACUGGGCGUAUUCCUCUUCAUGCUGCUGCAGCCAAUGGUUCACUUGAGAUCGUCGAAAAGCUCAUCAAUCAUGGAUCAAAUGUGAACAAAAUGGCCGACAAUGGCUGGGCUCCAUUACACGCUGCAGUCUGCGGUGGCAAGGUGGAUGUUGUACGAUAUCUGAUUUGCAAUGGAGCUACGAAAACGGGGUUCAAAGGAAUGACUGUUCUGUAUAUUGCUGCCCAGCAUGGUUACACACACUUAGUAAACUAUUUUGCUAUGACAGGGUGUGAUGUAAAUGGCGAAACACACAAUGGCAAAUCUCCGCUUUUGGCAGCUAGUUACAAUGGUGACAUGGAUUCUGUAGAAAUGCUGGUUACCCAAGGUGCCUGUAUUAAUCAGGCUGACAGAAACGAAUGGACACCAGUCCAUGCAGCGGCACAAGAAGGACACUUGCCUGUAGUUACCUACCUGGUAGAAAAUGGAGCAGACACUAAUGCCAAAGAUGCAGAUGGUAUGACACCACUUCAAGCAGCAGAAGAUGGAGGUCAUGAAGAUGUCAAACAAUUUCUCAUCAGGUUAAAAGCAGACGUGAAAGAUGAACUGCAUAAAGACACAAAGAAGACAGAUGGAAUAACAUCACUCCAAGCAGCUGAAGAUGCAGGUCAUGAAGAUGGCCAAAAAAUUAUCAUUCGGUUGAGAGCGGAAGUGCAAGAUGAACGGCAUAAUGAUACAGAAAAGUGUCUUCGACUUGACGGAAAUUGCCAAGAAGUGUUCCGAGGCUCUGGGAUUUCUAAGGUGUCCGCUUGUGACAGAUUGUCUGGUACUAAUGGGGAGUCCUGCUACCACAUGUCAUUAGGUGUCCAUGAGGUAACGGUACCUGUUUCUACGCAAAAUUCCUGGCGAAUGAGCCCUGAUAGCCUUUCCCGACAUAUCAAGACAACUAUUCGCCCUACACGUGAGUCAGGUGUCGCCAAACCAAAACCCCUACUUCCUGGAGGUGAGGUACCAGCUACUGAUGAUUUGCCUAUCACCAGUGAAAACGAUGCAGUAGAUCCAAAACCGGGAACAAAGAAUCUCGGCUACAUUAUCACGACAACUCUUCGUUAUACACGUCUGUCUUGUAUCUCCAUACCAAAAACACAACUUCAUGGAGGUGAGGUACCAGAUACUGAUGAUUUUCCUGUCACCGGAAUGACCAAUGAAAACGACGCAGUAAAUCCAAAAUCAGGAAUAAAGAGUGAACAUCGAAACAAUACGAAUUGUUUUUCGAUCCUGACCCUCCUCAAUCGGGUGAUUCUCGCUUUAGCCUUCUUCUUUGCUUGUUGUCCGAUACGUGUGUCUUGUGUCUCCAAACCAAAAAUACAACUUCAUGGAGGUGAGGUACCAGCUACUGAUGAUUUGCCUAUCACCAGUGAAAACGACGCAGUAGAUCCAAAACCGGGAAUAAAGAGCGAACGUCGAAACAAUGAUAAUUGUUUUUCGAUCCCGACCCUCCUCCAUCAGGCGAUUCUCGCUUUGGUCUUCUACUUUGCCUGUUUUCCAAUACUCGUAGCAGGCAACUUAAGGCUCUCCGAACCGGUUACGUUGGAAGCAGGUACACGUGGCGUAGUCACAUUCUAUCUCGAGCGUCCAUCCAGUACACUCCAGUUUUCUCUUUUUUACACAAUCCAGUUCGAAUCGAAACGACGUCCUUUCUGCAUCGAUGGACUAAAUGAAAUUGAUGGCUUCAAAGAACCAGCUCAAGUCUCUAGAUUCACUACCACUGUCGCAGACAAAGAUACAUCUGCCUGUGUGAAUAUGACAAUAGAUAACGUUGACACCGUAGAUGAAGAUCGGUACAUACUCACCGGAGUGUGGCAUAGUUUGGAAAACGUUCUGUAUGAUACUCAGAAGAAGGAGGUUGUUGUACAGCGUCCUCCCGGUCCGGCAUAUUGCUCAAUCACUUUGAGUGAUAGUGAGUAUCCGUAUGAAGUACAUUGUUGGGCCAAGACCGGAAGUAAACCAACUAUACUGACGUGCUUCCAGAACGACCGGGAUCUCGCCAAAGUGCAUAACAUUACAGAUAAUGGGCACACCACCAGAGGUAUAUUCUUCCUACCCGAUAUAACCCAUUUCUCAUGCUGUUCACAUGACAUAACAUCCACCGUAGGUGCCGCAACCUGCAACGACUUUGAGUGGCCCCCUGGACAUUCUGGUAUUCCCAGUACAGAGAAGAAUACCUGUAGGGGCAAGACUGUUAGUGAACAAUCCAAUAGGCCUGCUGACCCGACACCUCAAACCUACGCAGAUUCGGAUGUAGGGUCUGGAGCUCGCAGAUCAUUCAUGGUUCUAUCACAUUGGCACUUUCUGUACCUGCUCAUGUAUCUUCUUGCCGUUGUGAUCAUGUGUUAGUCAUGGACCCCUUCUCGUGACUUGUUUAGUUGAAACUAGUUUAUUGUGUUAUAUGAGCACUUAAAGCGGUUUUAGAAAAGCGACCUUCCAAAACGGUCGGAAAACCGACUUACGAUGUAUUUUUCAAAAUCGCUUUGCCUAGUUAAACUUGUUUAAGUGAAGGAGAAGACAUAACCGUUUUUCGGGGAGCGAUCCUCGCAUAUGUUGUGCAGUGUUGAAUAUUUAUAAUGCGGGUUCAAAUUUCGUUCGAAACUGAGAUCGUUCCACUUAUAUUCCAAAAUGUUUUUCUGAAUCAGUUUAGGGAAACUUUUAGUUUUAUUAAAGCAGUUGAGAGCAAGGUCUUGAAAUCUCAUGUCACUUCAGGACUUUCACUAUAAAUUCAGUCAAGAAGAGGCUAAUGAUUACACAACGUUGGUUAAACCUGGUCCACAAAGGAAUACAAAAUAAAAUAUUCAACAAUAAGCAACAAUCGACCAUUCAACAUUUUAACGGACCAGAAAUUAGGCACGAUUGCCCCUAUAAUUGAAGCCUUCACAUGUAUUUUGUUGAUAUCCAUUUAACAUGUUUAAGAUCUUGAACAGAUUUUGUGGUGAUUGGCACUUGCUGAAAUAUUAAGCCCGUUUGUAUUGUUCCCCGAAAAUGGGAGUGGAACAAUCUUAUAUUGUAGGCAUAUGUUAUUCUGGUUAGAUGAUGUACUGUCUCUUUGCUUUAAGUUUGUUUAGAGAGAAUCGGAUUGUGUAUAAUAUUUCGUCUGAACUUGUUUUACUAAUCACCAUUUAAGUAACUUGAUUUGUCUAAAAUUGUACAGUGCAUGAGUAGCAUCACUGGAUAGAUGUGCACAUGUUACGUAUUAUUCAUAUCAAAAGUUAAAAUUUCGAUGGAGUUUUAAUUUGUGCCUGCAUAUUAUGCGAUAUUGUAUUAUAUUUAAUGAAUAUCAUGUAAUUCAAGAUUCAAGAUUCAAGAUUUAUUAAAACAUAUGAUCGCAGCUUGUUAAGCUGAAUUGACAAAUGUUUUACAAAAGAGCAUAAAAAUAUACAUAAAAUCAACAAAAAAGUAAUGUUACAAAAGAGUCAAGAAAUUACAAAAACAAUUACGGUAUAAUCAUGAUAAUAAUGAAGUGAUCUAUACAUAUAUUUAUACAUUUUUUUUUUCCAAUUCAAUUUCAAUUUUAUUUCAAUCAUAAAAUCAUAAAAUAUAUACAAAGUAACAUGCAACAAUCGAGAUUUAAUCUAAUGAAUGAAAUUGGAGACUAAUAUGAAAGUUUAAAAAACUUGUGAGUCAUAGUCCCCCAAAACAGGGAAAAGAAACACAUGUUACGAUAUAAUAUAAACACACACACACCAUCACACACACACACACACACACACCAUCACACGCAUGAUACAUAGGUACUUAAAAUAGAGUUACAAGGAAUAGGAAGAGACGAGCUGUCUCUUCAAUAAGACCUUAAAAGAUGACAAUGUAGUGCAUGACAUAAAAUUAUUAGGUAAAUUGUUCCAAAUACGGGGACCGUUGUGUCUAAGAGAGUUGAGUAAGGACUGAGACGAAACCUUUGGGUAAUGGUAUUUUAUACAUGAGCGGGUAUUAUGGGAAUGGAUAGAUUUAUUAAGAGUAAACAUUUGACAAAUUAUUUUAGGUGCAAUACUAUUAUUAACAUUAAACAUCAUUAUGGCAAUUUGGAAUGUAUAUAUAUCAUAAAUCGUAAGUGUUUGUAACCUAAAAAAUAAAGGACGAGAGUGAGCUUGAAAAUGAGAAUUUGUACAUAUUCUAAGAGCUUUCUUUUGCAGUUUGUAUAAAAAUUCUAAUUUAGUUUUACCCACUGCUGCCCAGGUAAUGGUACAAUAAUAUAAGUAUGGUAAAAUUAAACAGUUAUACAACAUAAAUAAUACAUUUUGAGGUAGGGAUAUACGUAAUUUACGGAGUAUACCAAUGUUUUUAGAUAUUUUGUUUGCAAUAUAUUGACGAUGGUCCUGGAAAGAUAAAGUAUCAUCAAGAAUUAUUCCUAAAAAUUUAACUGAAGUACACACAUUCAAAUUAACAUGGUUUAUAAGUAUUCUAAUAUCCUUACAAUUAUAUGGGUGGGAUUUUCUAUUAAAAUAUAAUACACACGUUUUGUCAUUGUUUAUGAUUAAUUCAUUAGCAUCAAACCAUUGUAUAACAUUUUCUAAUUCUCUAUUUACCUGUAAUAUUAAUCUAUUGAAAUCUUUAUGACAUGCAAUUAAGUUGGUAUCGUCGGCAAA